ACCCUCUUCUCUUUCAGACAUAUCCUACAUCAAUUGUAAAAUGGCGUCCACAUCUGAACCCGACAAGAAGAACAUACAAUUAGAAGGUAAAGUCAUCGCCAUCACUGGCGCAAAUCAAGAAAUCGGCCUCGGGAUAGCAGACUGCUGUCUCUCCAAUGGCGCAUCAAAAGUCUACUCUGUCGACAUCGGCUCCCCUGGUAAUGAAUUUUCCAACCUACAAUUAAAGUAUCCAGACCAGUUCUUCUCUUUCCAGGCCAAUGUCACAAAAGAAGAAUCAAUUUCCGUGGAUCAUAUAUUGUCUGAAACAGGAGCAAUUCAUGGUAUGGUGUGUAAUGCCGGGCGUACAAAACAUAUGCUGGCACUGGAAUUUACGACCGAGGAGGUUGAGCAGCUUUGGGGUGUCAAUCGAGGGCGUUCAUUAAACUCGGCGUCAAUGGCGUCUUAUCGACCAAAUAAACAAGUUCCGUCAGCACCAUACGGUGCCUCUAAAGCCGGUGCCCGGAACAUGCAGUUGAAGUACUAUGGCGGGAUUCCCAGGUUCGCAGAAGUCGAGGAGUUGGGAGGAGCAUAUGUAUAUCUUUUGAGUGACGCGGCUAGCUAUACAAUGGGUAUUGAUAUACCAAUAAAUGGGGUCAUCGGUAUUUGUUAG